AUGGCGCAGGUCAUAUCGAAUUCCGGCCAUGAUGACAUGAUUCACGAUGCGGUCCUCGACUACUACGGACGACGCCUUGCGACGUGUUCUUCGGACAAGACCAUUAAGAUCUUCGAGAUUGAGGGCGAAUCACAACGGUUGACCGAGACAUUAAAAGGUCACGAGGGAGCAGUAUGGUGUGUCUCCUGGGCGCAUCCCAAAUACGGCAAUAUCCUCGCUUCGGCAGGCUACGAUGGCAAGGUCUUCAUCUGGCGCGAGCAAUCCAACCAAUGGCAAAAAAUCUUCGACUUCGCCCUCCACAAAGCCUCUGUCAACAUGGUCUCGUGGUCACCGCACGAAUCGGGCUGUCUCCUUGCCUGCGCCUCCUCCGAUGGCUCUGUAUCUGUUCUCGAGUUCAAGGACAACAACUUCUCCAACGUUCUGUUCCCCGCCCACGGCCUCGGUGUCAACUCGGUCUCGUGGGCCCCGGCCACUACACCUGGUAGCAUCGUCUCAUCAGCACCUACAGGAUCCGGCGCUCUUGGACAGCGUCGCUUCGUGACGGGCGGCUGCGAUAACGUGUUGAAGCUUUGGACCUACGACCCGGCGACCCAGAACUACAAGCAAGAGCGGGAACCCCUGACAGGCCACACGGACUGGGUGCGCGACGUGGCGUGGAGCCCCACGGUGCUGCAGAAGAGCUACAUUGCAUCAGCCUCGCAAGACAAGACGGUGCGCAUCUGGACGAGCGACAACGCAAGCCAGGGACAGUGGUCGUGCAAGGUGCUGAACUUCGAUGCGGUGGUCUGGCGGGUCAGCUGGAGUCUGAGCGGGAACGUGUUGGCCGUUAGUGGCGGCGACAACAAGGUCUCAUUAUGGAAGGAGAACCUGCGAGGCGAGUGGGAAUGUAGCUCCAGCACUAGCGACGCCGAGGCCGACGACAUAGACGACCUCAAUCGCGCUCGCUUACCUCCUCCCCAAUACCCUUACUCGACCUCCGAGGCGUCUGCCUCGACAUCAUUCUCUCUUGCCACUGCAUCUAGACCGGCACCACCUCCUUUCUCGGGCCUCUACGCUGAUUCUUCGGCUGCAAAUCUCGCCGAUCAUCACUUCAAGCUCCCGCCAGCUGCUGCGAGCGUUGUCUGUGAAGCCGGAGCAUCCUCUGCUACUGCUGCCCCAGCGUAUGCGCCUUUAGCUUCGAGCUCCUCCGAAAGCUAUCUCGAGCCAUCCACUUCAUUCCAACAGACCCACGCUGAAACCAAGCGCCUACUUCCACAGGACGUCAAGGGCGAGUCUUCGGGUCAGAAAGCCGACGAUCCCAGCGAGCCACCACCGGCUUAUUCUGAAGGUUAUAGCCCGCUUCUCUCCUUCAGCUAUCUAAUGGCGGCUGCCGGCGGUGCAUCGAGUAUUAUUACUCAAGUCCAGCAGGGAGGCCCUCCUAUCAACUCCAUUGGAGAUGUCGGUGCCGACGAAACGAUCGCCAUGGACCUUAGGGGCACGCGCUUCGUUCUUUCCAGAGACGAGCUGCUGACGCUGCCUGAGUUUGUUCUCCUCUCGUUGUUCCCCAAUGGACUCUUUCCCGAAGGCCACAUGGGUGGCUUUGCCGAUGGUGAUGCAGUGCAAGUUGAUGUCAGUACCCGUGAUCGCAACCCUAUCACCCAAGUCACGCCAGCUACAGAGAGCCUUGCUCGCUCGGUGGCAGCCAGUGCUUCCACCGCCUCUCUGCCUCGUAUCUCCACCACACGCAAUCUCCUCUCCAAUAUCAAUAUACAUUUCACUGACCUCACAUCCCAGUAUGACCCUGCAUCCCUCCAAUACAUGCUGGAAUUCUUCCGCAAUGUGGCCCAAUCUAUACCCAAUGAAUCAUCACCAAAUGCCUCCCCUGACGGAGGAGUUGUCCCCAUUGAUUCGCUUGGAGGUAGGGGCGAAGACGGAAGCAAACGUGCUGGCAUCAUUGUCUUGCGGGAGGAUCUGGACUUUUACGCCAUUCCUCCUCGGCCGGACAUCAAUCAAGCAGAAAUGAUCGAGGUCAAACGUGCGGCAGCCCGUGCGCUACUUCAACAAGAUGGGAUUUUCUCGGGUUUGAAACGCAGUGAUGAGCCUGGAACCACGGAGGCGCAUCUUAUUGAGAUGCUCACAGCCGGUGGGUUCAAUCACGACGACAAAUGGGGACAUCGCGCUGGUGAGCCGAACAAGGCGGUCGUCUGCAGUCUGGCUCUCGCUCGGCUGCGGAGUGACAUACGCGGCAACGACCUGGGGAACAACGCGGUGGGUAUGGCGCAGAAGCUGCUUCUAUUCUGGCGGAAGCCUGCCCGGCGUUGCUGGUGGGAAGGUGUCGACCUGAACAACGUCGACGGAGUGGAUGGAACUCUCAAGGUGUGGAUCAGAAGAGUUUGGACGCUUGAGAUGAGCGUCAUCGGGUUGCGUUGA